GGGGAAGCUCCGACGUCGCCUUCCUUCCUGGUUCCUGCAGCAGCGGCGGCAGCUGCUGCCACUACUCGGCUCCGCGCGGAGGGAGCCGCGACUCGCACGGAGUGACUCAGAGGUGGAGCAGCCAGCGCCCCAAGCACGGGUGUCCAUGGACCCCGGGGGAGCGACCUCUCCCUCCACCAUGGACUUCCAGGAGAGGGACACCCCGUCCCUGGCGGAGAGCUCUCAGUCCUCGAAGCCCAGCAGCAGCCAGCAGGGCUUGGAGCCGUGGGAGGUGGUAGAAGAGCCCCAGGGCAAGCUGGGAGCGGAGGGUGUCAGGCCCCAGCGGCAGGAAGGCCACCUGCUCAAGAAGAGGAAGUGGCCCCUGAAGGGCUGGCACAAGAGGUACUUCGUGCUUGAGGACGGGAUCCUGCACUAUGCAACAACCCAGCAAGACAUCAUCAAGGGGAAGCUGCAUGGCUCCAUCGACGUCCGGCUGUCGGUCAUGUCCACCAACAGAAAGGCCCAGCGCAUCGACCUCGACACCGAAGACAACAUCUACCACCUCAAGAUCAAAUCACAGGAGCUAUUUCAAAGUUGGGUCACCCAGCUUCGUGCCCACCGCCUGGCCCAGCGCCUGGAUAUGUCCGGGGCCGCUCAUCGCAAGGUCCCUGGCACCCAGCUCCUAACAGUGGGCAGCACCUCAGCUCUGCCUGGGGUUGGGCCCCAGGAGAAGGUGUCCUCCUGGCUGAGGGACAGUGAUGGGCUGGACCGCUGCUCGCACGCGCUCUCUGAGUGCCAGGGGAAGCUCCAGGAGCUACACAGACUCCUCCAGAGCCUGGAGUCUCUGCACCGCAUCCCCUCAGCUCCUGUGAUCCCCACGCACCAGGCCUCGGGGACGGUGGAGAGGCCCAAGAAGGGCAAGCGGACCACCCGCAUGUGGUGCACGCAGAGCUUUGCCAAGGACGACACCAUCGGGCGGGUUGGUCGCCUCCAUGGCUCUGUCCCCAACCUGUCCCGCUACUUGGAGUCCCGGGACUCCUCAGGCCCCCGGGGGCUGCCUUCCCAAGACUAUGCCCACCUGCAGCGCAGUUUCUGGGCCCUGGCGCAGAAGGUGCACAGCUCCCUCAGCAGCAUCCUAGCCGCCCUCACCUCAGAGCGGGACCGACUGCGGGACCUGCACCAGGGUACCCAGCUGUCCAGGCUAGGGGUCCCAGGGACCCCAGCCGGGCAGCCUCGUCUCCACUCACUGUCCAUGUCCUCAGACACCACGGCGGACUCCUUCAGUUCUCUCAACCCAGAGGAGCAGGAAGCUCUGUACAUGAAGGGGCAAGAGCUGACCCCGCAGCUGUCCCAGAGCAGCGUCCUGUCCCUGGCUGACUCCCACACAGAGUUCUUUGAUGCCUGUGAGGUCCUCCUUUCGGCCAGCUCGUCAGAGAAUGAGGGCUCAGAGGAGGAGGAAGAGUCGUGCACCAGUGAAGUCACCACCAGCCUGUCGGAGGAGGUGCUGCAGCUCAGGGCCACCGACCACUGUCAGAAAGGUGGCCCAGGGGCCUGUGUUCCAGGAAGAGCCCCGGGGCCUCCGCGCCGCCGCUGCCUGCCCGCGGCCAGUGGGCCAGGGGCCGACGUGAGCCUGUGGAACAUCCUGCGGAACAACAUCGGCAAGGACCUGUCCAAAGUGUCCAUGCCCGUGCAGCUCAACGAGCCGCUCAACACGCUGCAGCGGCUCUGCGAGGAGCUGGAGUACAGCAGCCUCCUGGACCAGGCCAGCCGCCUGGCCGACCCCUGCGAGCGCAUGGUGUACAUCGCUGCCUUCGCUGUCUCUGCCUACUGCUCCACUUACCAUCGCGCAGGCUGCAAGCCCUUCAACCCAGUCCUUGGGGAGACCUACGAGUGCGAGCGCCCCGACCGCGGCUUCCGCUUCAUCAGCGAGCAGGUCUCCCACCAUCCCCCCAUCUCGGCAUGCCAUGCGGAGUCGGAGAACUUCGUUUUCUGGCAAGACAUGAAGUGGAAGAACAAGUUCUGGGGCAAAUCCCUGGAGAUCGUGCCGGUGGGCACCGUCAACGUGAGCCUGCCCAGGUUUGGGGACCACUUUGAAUGGAACAAGGUGACAUCCUGCAUUCACAACAUCCUCAGUGGCCAGCGCUGGAUAGAGCACUACGGGGAGGUGCUGAUCCGAAACACACAGGACAGCUCCUGCCACUGCAAGAUCACCUUCUGCAAGGCCAAGUACUGGAGCUCCACUGUGCACGAGGUGCAGGGCGCCGUGCUGAGUCGCAGCGGCCGCGUGCUCCACCGCCUGUUUGGCAAGUGGCACGAGGGCCUGUACCGGGGCCUUCCGCCAGGUGGCCAGUGCAUCUGGAAACCCAACUCAAUGCCCCCAGACCACGAGCGCAACUUCGGCUUCACCCAGUUUGCCUUGGAGCUGAACGAGCUGACAGCCGAGCUGAAGCGGACGCUGCCAUCCACUGACACGCGGCUGAGGCCAGACCAGAGGUACCUGGAGGAGGGCAACGUCCAGGCUGCGGAGGCUCAGAAGCGGAGGAUCGAGCAGUUGCAGCGCGACAGGCGGCGGGUGAUGGAGGAGAACAACAUCGUGCACCAGGCGCGCUUCUUCAGGCGGCAGACAGACAGCAGCGGCAAGGAGUGGUGGGUGACCAACAACACGUACUGGCGGCUGCGGGCAGAGCCGGGCUACGGGAACCUGGACGGGGCCGUGCUCUGGUAGCCCCGGCCCGGGCCUCACCCUCCUGCCCCCGGCCUGGGCACGGACGCUUGGGUGAGGCCACACUCCCCCUCACCGCCCUGGAGCCCAGGGGCAGCCCCGGUCCAGCCCCGUCCCCUCUGCCAGCCGGAGGGGUGGCGGCUCAGCACGCCCCGCGCCCACGCUGGGGGUGACAGGCGGAAUGCGCACUUCCCCAGUCUCGCUGCCCUGACAGCCGGCAUGUAAGACCCCUCCCGCUCUGUCACCCUGUCCUGUCCCCCUCGGGGUGCUUGGGGGGCUCCAGGCUCCCAGGAUCUGCUCCCGAUUCAGUGCCUUCCUAGGACACAGGGGACCCCUCGAUGCUCCCCGGCCUCUGUGCCCUGGGCGGUAGCCAGCUGGAGUGAAGAAGAGGAGGCGACUUUUCUUUGCAGCCGGCCCAGCAUCUUCUCCCGGGCCCUGGCCAGCGGGCUUUCUCCAGCUCCUCGGUCCUGGGGCACCCACGCCCUUCUCCUGCGGCUUCUAGCUCUUUCGUCCCCUGCCCUCAAGUGGCUCUUUUCAGGAGGAACCCUCUCCAAGAGGCGGGGACAUCCAUAGACCUGGCUCAGACCCCGGCAAGGGAGCCAGUGCGCAUGCGUGCGUGCGUGCGUGCGUGCUGCGUAGGCGCAAGCAUGCGUGCCUGCGUGGUGCGGGUGUGCGUGCCUUGCCCUGCUUGCAGGCAGGCGGGAGUCCUCCGUAGCCCGGGUGCCACUGCGGCAGGGUGACUACCAUGUUUGCUCAUUUUCUAAAUUUGCCUCUCAGAUGAAUUGCUGUGACAUUCCAAGCUCCAAUAAAAGAGUUUGACCUGUGA